UUUUAAUGAGAUUUUAAUUAACUCUCGUGGCCAUCAGACUAUAAAAGCCCCCUGUUCUGACCGUCAGGCCAUGUUCGACUUUGCGGCUUGACCAUCUGCAGGAAUAAACAUAAUGAAGUACACUAUUCUUUUGUGUCUUUUCGGCCUUGCCUUCGGGCAACUUGAUCCCAACUGGAGAAUCACAGACCAGUGCCAGCGAAAUGUUGACGUUGCCGUCAUCGGUGCCGGAGCGACUGGAUCCUACGCCGCCUACAUGCUGAAGGACAAGAACCUGGCCGUAGAGGUGGUUGAGAUGUCCAACAGCAUCGGAGGUCGCCACCUGACCGCCUACAUGCCCGGCGCCCCGGAUGUCCCAGUUGAGCUCGGUCAGAGGGCCUACGCCGAUAUCCACGACAUCAUGCAGAAGAUUGUUCCAGAGCUCGGUCUGACUCCCCUGGAAUUCCCUGAGGCUCUCGGCAUCCAGGGCAGUCGGCGCUACUUCCUGAGAGGAAAGAACAUCAAGGAGGAGGAGAUCAUCAGCGGCAUCCAGCUGCCCUACACCCUCACCCCAGAGGAGAAGCAGAACCAGGGCAGAAUCGUCCAACACUACUACAAGAAGCUGACUGGCCUUGAACUCACCCAGAAACUCUCCAUGCCAGAGCGCCUGCAAGUCAAGGUCAUCAAGACCAACCGCCCACUGCACGAGCACAAACUUGACGAGGCUCUUGACCUUGUCGCCAGCCCCGAGGGUAAGGAAUUCUUCAAGGCCAUCGUCAAGGGCAAGUGGUCCCUGUCUGAGGACGCCAGCGCUUGGCUGCCAUUUGGGUUUGAGAUGGACUACAACAGGGACAACACAACCUUUUACCGCGUCAAGGAAGGUAUGGACGCUAUCCCCAAGAAACUGAUUGAGAAAUUCACCAAUGUCAGCCCACGCAACGUCAUGACCUUCAACCGUAAAGUCGAGGCCAUCCAGCGAUUCCAGAACAUGACCUACAUCCUGAAACUCAAGGAGACCAAGACUGUCGAUGGCAGAACUUUUGAGCUCGGUCCAGAAGAGUUCCUGUGUGCCCAACAGAUCAUUCUGGCCAUCCCCAAACACUCACUGGAGCACCUGCAAUGGUCCGUCACAAAAGACUACAAGAACAGGGAGGCCCUGAAGGCUCUCAGAACAGUCCCCCAGGUCCAAGUCGCCAUGACCUUCACCUACCCCUUCUGGCAGGCCACCGCCAACGAGAAGGCCAAGGUCAAGUUCACCGACACCAUCCUCGGCUCCGCCCACGACUUGGGUGCCUCCAACAACAAGUACAUCCUCCUGGCCUCACUGAACUACGGCGAGCAGGUCCGCCAGAUUGAGAGGCUCAACCUCCAGGGUAACUCCACUUCCGGCUCAGCUCAAGGCGUCUACCAGGUCUCCGAGGUCCUGAAGGACACCCUCCUGGACAUCCUCAGCAAGAUGUACGACGUCAGCCGCGACAAGAUGAUCCAGCCCGUGUACUCAGUCUCCAAGAUCUGGACCCUGCCCCCACACACCGGCGGUCUCACCGUCUGGAGGGCCGGCUACAACUACGAAGACGUCCGCAAGGUUCUCCUGCGCCCCUCCAUCGUUGACAAGGUCUUCAUCGCCACCCCUGACAUCGCUUUCGGCGCCCGCCAAGCCUGGACUGAGGGAGGUCUCAUCGAUGUCCAGAGCAUUAUCUCUACCUACUUCCAGUAGACAGCUAGUGCCUUGCCUCUUGAGAUAAUUCAUUCAGAUAUUUUAUGAAAAAUAAAAAAAAUAUAAAUAUA